AUGAAGAGCGAAACAGAGGUCAGAGGAGUGGUGGUGAUCGCCUUUGUCGUCUGCUGGCUCCCAUAUCACGCACGCCGCCUCAUGUUCUGCUACGUCAACAUCACGGACUGGAGCCAUGCCCUCACAGACUUCUACCAUUACUUCUACAUGGUGACCAACGUGCUGUUCUACGUGAGCUCGGCCAUCAACCCUCUGCUGUACAACCUGGUGAGCGCCACCUACAGGCAGAGCUUCAUCAGCACGCUCCGCCACAUGUGCCUCUUCUGGUCCCGCCCACUACAGAGCAAGGCCCGCCCCCUCAGCCGCCAAUCACUCUCAAUGUCCAGUAACCACACAAUGUCCACCCAGACCAUCAAGGAGACUGUGUACUGA